AUUAAAGAUGGCGGAUGUCAAGACUGCUCCGUGUGAGUAUAAGGAAUCAACCAAGGAAAGCAAGGAUUUCCAAGCAGAAUUAGAAACAAUUAUAGAAAAUGACAACGGAAAAACAUCAGAGAAAAAAAAGAAGCCGAAAAAAGGAAAAAAAAAACAAGGUAAUGGUUCUGAAGAAGUAAACGGGGAAGAAAAUCUUGCCAGUGAAAAUAUUGUAAAUGAAAUUAUUGAAAUCAAUGCACGUUGUACAGUCAACAUGGGGCAAGGAGAUGAAUCUCCAGAAGCUGAUGUAAAGAAGAAGAAAAGGAGAAAUAAAAAGAAAAAAGCCAACAAUGUAAGUAAGCAGCAAACAGUGCCACCUUCAGUACCAAUUGUUGAUCUUUUCAAUCCAGGGGAAUAUCCAGAAGGAGAAGUUUUGGAGUAUCCAAUAGAUCAGGAUGACCGAACAGCCAAAAACCGAAUGACUGAUGAAGAAAAGAAAAUGCUGGACAGGUCACACAGUCACUUAUAUGAGGAUUUGCGAUUGGCAGCGGAAGCACAUAGACAGACAAGGCAGUAUAUGAAGACAGUCAUUAAACCUGGGAUGACCAUGCUGGAGAUUUGUGAAGAGCUGGAAAAUACAGCCAGGAAACUGAUCAAAGAAAAUGGAUUGGAAGCUGGACUCGCUUUUCCAACUGGCUGUUCUCUGAACCACUGUGCCGCCCACUAUACCCCCAAUACUGGUGACACAACAGUUCUACAUUACGACGAUGUCUGCAAAAUUGACUUUGGCACCCACGUAAACGGCCAUCUGGUUGAUUGUGCCUUCACAUUGACCUUCAACCCCAAGUACGAUCAGUUAUUAUUGGCUGUGAAAGAAGCUACAAACGCAGGCAUACGUGCGUCAGGCAUUGACGUCAGGCUCAGAGAUUUGGGGGAGGAGAUUCAAGAGGUCAUGGAGUCCUACGAAGUUGAACUUGACGGCAAAACGUAUCAAGUGAAGCCCAUCAGAAAUUUAAAUGGUCACUCGGUCGGUCAAUACAGAAUCCACGGCGGGAAGAGUGUUCCCAUUGUAAAGGUUGGAGAAGAAUUCAAAAAGAGAAUGAAGGAGGGUGAGGUCUAUGCCAUAGAGACUUUUGGUAGUACCGGCAAAGGUCUCGUUCACGAUGAAAUGGAGGUGUCCCAUUAUAUGAAGGACUUUAAAGUGGGCCACAUUCCUCUCAGGUCGGCCAAGUCAUUCCAACUGCUCAAUGUCAUCAACCAAAACUUUGGAACGCUCGCGUUUUGUCGCCGCUGGUUGGACCGUCUCGACCAGACCAAGUACCAGAUGGCCCUGAAAAAUCUCUGUGACGUUGGUAUCAUUGACCCCUACCCGCCGCUCUGUGACCGGAUGGGAUGCUACACUGCCCAGUUUGAACACACCAUUAUCCUGAGGCCGACAUGCAAAGAGGUGGUCACCAGGGGAGAUGACUAUUAAUAAAUAUAUUAUUGCUAUAUGUCUAUGAAGAUAUGAUGCAUCGAUCAUUUUUUUUUUUUUGGUCGUUUCUAAUUUUUAAAAAGUGAAGGAACAUCAGCAUGAAUGUUAUACCUGCACCCCACCCCACCCCCCAGUGAGCA